CUACUGUCACCAGUCGUCCUACUCCCGUCAGUACUACUGCAUCCUCCAGUACAACUACUCCCAUCAAUUUACUCUUUCCAGUACCUCAACUCCUACCAGUAUACUAUUUCCACCUGUACUACUACUCCCACGAGUACCAUAGUUCCCACCAGUACCUCUGCUCCUACCAAUACCUCUACUGCGACCAGUACAACUACUCUAUAAUAGUGCUACUUCUGCAAGUAUCACUACUCUCACUAGUGCAAUUACUUUCACCAAAACCACUCCUCUCUCCAGUACUACCACUCCUACCAAUACUCUUACUGCCACCAGCACUUCCAAUUCCAUCAGUACCACCAAUCUCACUAGUAACACUACUACUUUCACCAGUAUCACACUCAGUACGUAACAUUACUCCUACCAGUGUUUUCUAUCACAAGUGUCCCUGCUCCCCCCAGCAUAAUAUCCGCCACCAGUACGUCUGCUCCACCCAGUACCAAUACCCCCUACCAGUACCACUACUCCCACCACUACCGUCAUGUUACAGCAUGGUGGUGAUCGUCGGGGCUUACUCUGGUCUCUUCGUCAACAUCAGAGUGACCAGACUCUCCACGCCACUCUCCAGUGACGAGAUGAACUUCGCUCUCCGUUUCUUCUUCAUUGUGGUCACUAACUGCCUGUGUUGGCUACCCAUUAUGUGCGUCAAGGUGGCUGCCUUGGCCCAUAUUGACAUCCACCAGGGCGUGUAUGCCUGGCUGGUGGUUCUUGUGCUGCCUAUCAACUCUGCUGUCAACCCAGGACUCUACACAUUCUCUACCUCACAGUUUCAGUCGCAGGUUUCAAGUGCUGUCGGCCUAUUCCGAAGAACAUACAGAAGACAGAACUCAGACACAGAAGCACUUCGGCACUCGUCUACUCGGGUGAGUAGUGGCAAUAAGCUCACCGCUCACAACUACCACCACAACCAACCACAAUCUCCCUAUCCACUACCAUCCUUAUUGAAUCCUAAAACCCCACCUUUAAAUCUGAGGCAUGCAGAGGAUUGUUCUAGUGAAAAGCCAAAUGCGAUGCCUGAAGAUAAGUACAUACCUGAAACGCCUUCUACUUCACCCAUUGACGACUCUAGUGACAGCAAGUUGACUUACUCCUACAGAAAUGGCUAUUCAGUUCCUAGGGCACCUAGGAGGGCAGCAUCAGGAGAAGGCGCGCAGGGUGAAAGCAGAAGCCGUACACACAACGAGGAUGCCUGUGCUCAGAGUCAAGUGACCUUCAGUGCCAAGGUGACACUACCCACACAUUCCUACAGUGAUAGUCAGAUAUCUCCUGGUGACCGUGGGCAGUCAUCGACUCUGAACAAGGAAGGAUGCUCAAGUCCCUCUUAUCCAAAUUCUUCUUCGAUAGGCCAGACUCCGAAAAAGAAAAGAACCUACUCAGAUGCCCAGAGCUUCCAGGAUAUCUGCUUGGAAGCUCACGUUUCCAGACGCGGCAACAUCCACUACCCAUUAACAUUUACCUCGACGACGCUUGCCUCCACUCCCUCCUUCCAGGGAAGCCCUCUUUAUGUUGACUGCAGAGCGACUGCUACCUCAGACUUCCAGGAUUUAGACGUCUUGCAGCUCAACGUAAAAGUAUGUUAUAGUCCUGAGAUGAUACGAACUCCUAGUCAAAAAAAAUCAAGGAAAAGUAGCUGUUCCAUCACGAAGGCUUCACCUGAGGUGCGCCUGUCUCCAGACGCAAACAAUAUGGCCGCAGAGAGCUCACAGGUAGGGGUUACUAACACCGUGAGGACGAGUCCGUCUCACUCGCAGACCUUGUUUACUUCUCUGGAACAAUCGGGAGAAGAAGACAUUUAAGAGGGCUCUAUUGUUUGCCUUUCUAGAAAGCCUUAUUCAACUCCCACUCUCUUAGAUCUGGAUUAAUCAGUUUCAUUUUUCUAAUUAUAAUUCAAAAUUUUGCCCAAUACAUUAAGAAUUUUUCAGUGCCCUUUGGAAAAUUAAUUUGUCAUAUAUUCCCUAUUACUUUUUUUUCAAAAUAUUGUUAGUUGUAUUUAACAUUAUAUUAUUAUUAUUUUUAUUUCUUUAUGUGCAACAAUUGUAAUUUAACCUCCCCUCCUUCCCCUGCUACCUCUCUCUCUCUCUCUCUCUCUCUCUCUCUCUCUCUCUCUCUCUCUCUCUCUCUCUCUCUCUCUCUCUCUCUCUCUCUCUCUCUCUCUCUCUCUCUCUCUCUCUGUCUCACUCUCUCUCACAUUGCUGAAAGUUAAGGUUUCAACAAUAUAAAGAAAGAGAGAAAGCUACAAUUUAGAACAUUUAAAACUAAUUUUUUUUUAAUAUUAUGUUAAACAUACUGUCAACUGAUCUUGUAGAUAAAUACUUCAUUAUUUUUAAGAAACAUAUUUUUGGGGAACUUGUAAAAGCUGAAAACUUCGGUGAUUCAGAGGCUUCGUUCGUUCUAUAGAUUUCAACCACCUUAUAUUAGUGUUGAGAAUAUAUAUCAAAUGUUAUUCAGACAAUUAAGGAGUAAUCGUUAAUUGCAUUUUGUAAUCGAGACAGGUGUUGCCACAAUAAAACUGUACUAAUGCUGGUAGAAUUACCUACAAUAUAGGACAAAACCCGGGACACAACCCGGGACACAACCCGGUAACGGCUUGAUAAUGCUUCUGGUGAGCGAAACGUUGCCACAAUAAAAUAUCGUAUUAGUUGCACUUGUGUUCUUUUACCUAACAGAAAGAAAUCGUUGUUGGUCGACCAUCUGGUUGGUAAAUUACGUAGCUAUCUUUUGAGAAAAUUAGUAGUAAACAUUACUGCAGGGUUAGUAACAUCAGUAUGAUGUAUAAGCGUUUUAGAAAUGACAUGGCCAACUAAAUCAAAUCUAAACUGCUUUGUUUAAAAGUCGAAGAUAGAAUAGUGAAUAAUUCUUCCAUAAUAGUUAGGGAUUCUCAAAUUAUGAGUGAACUUGUGCCUUGUAUAGAAUUUUGACAAUGCUAUUUUUGGAAGCUUCAGUGUUGUAAGAUUCUGUGAUACUUUGUCUGCAAAAGUCAAAAUGUGAUUCUAAAUAGCCAUUAAUACAUUAAAUUGUAGACCAGACUAUGUUAUUCAUUGUUACAGUAGCUUAAAUAAACACAUCAUAUAGUCUACAUACAGAACUAACAGUCAUCAGCAUAAGUAUGACGUUCAGGGAUAAAGUUGAGUACGUCGAGAAACUUAAACAUUCCUUAACUAAACAACAAAUACAAUUCCUUGUGGUAUGUUUGAACUCAGAGAUUUUAAUAAUCUGUUACAUUAAGAACUAUAGAACGAAUGCCAUUGAAAGAAAUGAAUAAACC